GUGUUAAAAUUAAGCCUGCAAGCUUUUAAGCUUCCAUUUUAUUUCUCUCUUCUCUUGUUUCGCCAUUUUUAAACCUGGAGCUGCUUUCACGGGACUGAAUUGCGGGGGGCACCCAGCUGGGAACUCCCAACCAUGAGCUUUCCACCUCUCACACCAGCUAAACCAGUGCCAGGCACAUAUUUUCAGACGCCAGCGCCAUCGCUUGCCAAUGGAGGCCUAUAUCAGAAUAGAAUGCUAUCCUCCGCGGCUGCUCGCCCUUCCUCCGCGGGAAGUACUUUGGCCCAAACAAUCGGCGCCAAAGCAGUUUCGAGUACUAAAAGCAAGGCCGAGACUAUGAGUCCACGAGAACGGGGAGCCCGUACGAUAGACGACGCCUUAGCGCAGGAUUCGCGGUAUCCUGAUUUAGAUAGCUAUCUUUCCCAGGGAUUCAGUUCACAUUAUGAUAUACCCACCUCAUCACCAUGGGCGCCCUUUCAGAAAAUAAAAAUGUACAAUAUUCCCGACCAGAUAUUUGAUCAAUAUAAUCGAGCACAAGUAUCGACGAGCAUGGGGCUUUUUGCGGAGUUGAAUCUCGCAUGGGUGACGAUCGACAACGCGCUUUAUCUAUGGAACUACACGCAUCAAAACCCCCAGUUAAUUGGCUUCGAGGACCAACCGAAUAGCAUUAACACCGUAAAGCUUGCGCGCCCACGAAAAGGAGUAUUCCUAUCGUCGAUAACAUAUGUCAUCGUCAUUGCGACCACGGCCGAUGUCAUACUCCUUGGUUUGGGGUGCGAAGGGGCCGGACAAACAAACAUUGUCACGCUUUACCAAACUGGAAUGUCGACGUCAAUACGUGGACUCGAUAUUAACGUGAUUGCAUCCUCAGACUCGACAGGCAGGAUCUUUUUCGCCGGUUCUACAGACAACGAUGUCUACGAGCUCAAGUAUCAGCAAGAGGAGCGCUGGUUUCAAGGGAGGUGUACAAAGGUGAACCAUACGACGAAGAGCUUUGCAGCUUUUGCUCCUCAGUUCACCUUGACGCAUAAGCCUCAGAAUUUCGUGGAGCAGAUGCUAGUUGAUGAUAGCAGGAAUCUCCUAUAUACACUCUCGUCGAACUCCUCAAUUCGAGUAUUCCAUUUAAAGCAAGAUGGAACUCUCAGUCUGGCAAUUACGAAAAACGCCGUUGAUAUCUACUCGAAUAUUGGCCACAUAAUCGGCAGCAACGAGACGCUCAACGCUCGAGUCAAGAUCGUGUCGAUUAGCCCUAUUCCUGUCGAGGAAGCCUCAAGGUACCAUCUUAUGGCGACAACAGCAACAGGAUACAGGAUCUAUCUUAGUGCUACCGGCUCCUAUAGUUGGUCCGCAACGCCUAGUCCGACCAACGCACCUACCAGCAUGCAAGCACAACAUGUGAAAACCCCCCCUCCCGAUACACCCAUGCUUCAGCCUAUGCAGGGCGCUUCUCCGAUAUCAGGACCCCAAUACCAGGCGACAGCAAGCGCUCGACUCCCAAUACAGUCACUGAAUCCCACCCGGUCGGCCGAGCGCUAUCCUCCGGGAUACUUCUUCUGCUUCACUGCGAGAGAUCCCCUCAAUCGGGUAGAUACGCUCUUUAUAUCAACGCCAGAUUCUGGUCGACUCGCCCGCCCACAGGAGACAUCCAUUCCACUUAAACCAGGUGAAACUGGACUCUGGCUAACCUUGGGCAGUCGGGCUGAGGAUAUUGGGCUAUGUACACCUGGACUCGGCGCUCAAGGGACUCCUGGCUUUGGAAACGAGCUUGCGGUUCAGUUUGAUCAGCCGGCCGCCGAGAUUGCGAUCCUAACGAAUACCGGAGUCCAUGUUAUCCGCCGACGAAGACUCGUUGAUAUUUUUGCAUCUCUUAUCCGCAGUUCAGGCGGCGAAGAGGGACUUGAAAACCAAGUAAAAACGCUUAUUAGACUUUACGGCCGAAGCGAGGUGCUUGCAACGGCGCUGGCAGUUGCAUGUGGUCAAGGUGUUGAGCUUUCACAAGACUCUCGCUUGUCGAAGAUAAACGAUCCCGACGUGCUAGAAUUCGCACGGAAAGUUUUCAUUGAGUUUGGUGGGAAACCUUCUUUGGAUGAAAAUGCGGUGACUGACGGGUCUGCUCUCGCAAUCGAUGCGGUUAUACCAUCACCUCGGCAUGUAGGCAUUGCUCUUUACACCUCGAGACUUCUGAGGUCAAUCUGGAAGACUGUCAUUGUGAAACAAGAGCGUACGCCGGCCGGUGGAACUUCCAUUGUCCCAUCCGUGAGCACAUCAAAGUUGCAUUCAAUUCAGCGGGAUCUUUCGGCGCUGCAGGAGUUCUUCCGUGUCAAUAAGUCUUUCAUUGAGGGCCUAAGCGGCCCCGAAGCGCUGUCACGAGCGGCUACAAAGCAAGAAGAAAUUUCUUUGCAAGCAGAGCACCGUGCUCUUCACUCACUUGUUCAGUUAAUCUCACACACCAUUGAAGGAAUAUCGUUUAUUCUGGUUCUUUUCGACGAACGCGUCGAAGAUACCGUAGCGCUGCUGCCCGAUGUGUCCAAAUCGAGGUUCUUGACUCUGACAUUCGAACAACUCUUUAGCAGCUCUCAAGGCCAUGAUGUUGCAAAGGAACUGGUCAAAGCAAUUGUGAACCGCAACAUUGCGAAAGGCUCAAACGUGGAAACCGUUGCAGAGGCCCUUCGGCGACGAUGCGGCUCGUUCUGCAGUGCGGAAGAUGUUCUAAUUUUCAAGGCUCAGGAGCAGCUGAAGCGAGCGGCAGAAGCUGGUGUUAAUUCUGAGUUUGGUAGAAAUCUGCUGAACGAAAGUUUGAAUCUGUUCAUGCAGGUCUCUGAGACCUUACCAAUGGAUUAUCUUCAAUCUGCGGUUGAUCAAUAUAUUCAAAAUCAAUUUUAUGCUGGUGCAAUCCAACUAUGUUUAAGCGUCGCGGCCGAUUCAGAUCGAGCGAAUCGUGCACAGUCAUGGCUUAUGGACGGUCGACCUGCUCAGGACCCCCGCCAAGCCAGUUAUGAAACGAGGAAGCAAUGUUAUGAACUAAUCUACAAUGUUAUUAUGGCAGUUGAUGACCUUGCGAGCAAAGAACCCGAAAUUGUCGAUGGACAAUAUACUGCCGUCAACAGAAGGAAAAAUGAGGCUUAUGAUGUUAUCACGAGCUCACAAGACGAGGUCUUCCUCACGAGUCUUUAUGAUUGGUAUCUUGAACGCGGUUGGAGCGAAAGGCUGCUGCAGAUACAGACUCCGUUUGUCGCUAUCUAUCUCAAGAGAAAGUCAACUGAAGACAUCUUCCACGCGGACUUGCUGUGGAGAUACUACGGACAAUCUAGUCGGUUUUACGACGCUGCUGCUGUCCAACUGCAACUCGCUCAGAGCCCAUUCGCCCUUCCCUUGAGCCGACGGAUUGAGUAUCUUGGUCAAGCAAGUGCCAAUGCCUCAACUUUUACACACGACGUCUCCCGUGCUUCUCGACAGAGAUUACAGCAAGAAAUUUCGGGCCUUCUCGACGUGGCGAACGUUCAGGACGAUUUACUUCAGCGUCUCAAAGAUGAUACAAGAAUAGCUGCUGAAAGAAAGGACGAGGUUCUUAAGGAAGUUGGGGGUGAAAUCAUGGAGCUCAGCACUCUAUUCAACAUCUACGCUGACCCUGGUGGUUAUUAUGACAUCUGUCUACAAAUAAUGUACCUUGCUAAUUACAGAAACACUUCCGAUAUCAAAGCGGCGUGGGAGAACUUGAUUAAGGAUGUUCAUGAUGAAGCAUCAGAGAAGGGCACGCCUCUCCCAUACGAAGCGGUCAUUGAGAAAGUCCGCUCCCUUGCCCAUCGUUUGAGGAUGUCAGAAAUCACAUUCCCCGUCCCAAUUCUAUUGCCAAUGCUUGAGAGAUACGUUCUCGAACGCCAACUUGGCGUAGGACCCCAAACAUGGGUAAUUGAUCUAUUCCUCGAUCUCCAGGUUGCGCAUGAAACGCUCUAUACAAUAUUGGAGUCGAUGUUCUACAAUGAUGAGGUGCCAUUCCAGGGCCGCAACCGUAUGUAUAUUGGCAAUGAUCUUGUUUACCUUAUCUCGCGAUGGUAUCAAGAAACAGUUAGAAUUGGUGGCGGUGUUUUUGGUAGUGACGUGCUCGCAAGUCGUGUCUCCGAGUUGUUACUGUUGGUGCAGCAAAGCGGAGGAGACAGGGAGAUUGCAGAAGUUUGCAGGGACUUGCGAAUGAGGAUUGAACAAUCAUUACGAUAAGGCCCCCGUGCGUUGGCGGUUUAUUUAAUGAGGGUUUCCUUGUACCUUUAUAUGAUUCUUUUUCUUUCGUUCCUCCCUGUUUACGCAACUAUCUAGCCCUGAGUGCCCUUUUCUAUGUUCGUUCCUGCUAGACAUAUUCCUUUUUUUUUUUCUCCUAACGAACCUUCAGCCUUCUCAUUUACUAUUUCUCCUUUCAAUUUUAUGCCAUCUUUAUGCGGUUGGGAAUGUUGUUUACAAUGGCGCUGAACUGUCUGGCUCUAGGACGAGGUCAAAUGGCUCUGUUUACGUACAGGAUAAGACUGAAAAUUCGAAUGCCGCACAUUCGAGACGUUUAUGAUGCGUCUGGAUAAAACAGGGUCUACAUAAGGUUAAGGACUAACCAUAAGAUUCUAGACUGUUAGAUUCCUAUAAAUGAUUGCCUCAUUAACAAGGCGAGCUCAUUGAUCAUUAUAUAAGUAUUCCUAGUAAAGUCGCUAAUCUUUCAAUGAGCCGUUUGUCGACAGCCACACUAUUUUCCCCGGGUAGAGGGAGCUCCAGACGGCGGUGGAUAACAUACGGAUCACCCCACAUGUUAUAUUUAUCUAGAUUGAUUAUUGGUUACCGUUGUUUUCCACUUCUGAAGGGCCCUGGUUUCUAGAUCAUAUUGGAUGUCAUGAGCAAUGGUUCCAGGCCGCGUUUUGGGACUCGCAGAGCCUAUCGGCCAGCGUAAGACGCGAAGGCCUACGCCAAAGGCGCUAAUCAACCCGAGGCAAUACUCGGAUAAGUGUGAGUUUUCAGGGCAUAACCCAAGCAAAAGCAGUGCUACCCUAAGGUAUUCCGGAGUCAACCCACAGCCAAAUAUCUGAUCAUCCUAACGCUGGGAAUGUGGUUAUUGUAUCCCACUAGCCGCUCUAAUUAGAGAAGAAAGCUUCCCCCCGGUUUGAUUGGUGACCUUGAUACUCCGUAGAACGGCCAGAUAUAUCUAGGCUGGAAACAAUCGUUCCUGGACUUGGCCAAUUGGUCAAAGAGCUCGCAGACCACCCAAUGGCGCGUGGGUCUCUUGCUAUUCUCACAGGCAUUCUGAAUAUUUUCCGAGACAUGGGGAGGAGAAGAUAAAUCCGUACUCAUCGUAAUUUGUGCUCCGUGCUCUUUCUAGAAUCCGGAGCAGAAAGCCGUUUCAAGCAUCCGGGACAUUGGAGAUAACAAAGUCAAGACCUCCAACGUUGAGGCUUGAUUAGUCUGUUAACUAGUUAACUAGUU